UUUCCAAACAGCCCUGGGUGUGCAGAGCUACAGUGUACAGUCUAUGAGUGUGAGUUAGCAUCAGGCCGAGCAGCUCUGUGUCUGUCAGUGGAGGACCUCUUUGUCUCACUCAGGGCGUUCACCCUCAAACUGAGACUCUGCCCCUCAGCCGGACUUCAGGAGGGGUAGUUACCUGCUGUGCUACCAGACCAGGACUUUCUCCUGCAUGUGGUUUCAUCACUGCGCAGUCUAUCAUCUCUGAACCCUGACAGGGAUCCGCCUCAGGAGACUCUUUAAAGGAGACUCUUCACACAGACUAAAUCCAAUGACGAACACUGAACUGAUCUGGGUCCACUUUAGAACCAGGAAAUCCAGGUCUCCGCGGUGAGAAGUGAUCGUCCUCCUGAGAGCCCCCUGCAGACAGAGACGGUGUGAUGGAGGAGGAGGAGGCUCGCUGCUUCCUCAGGAGGUUUGUGGAGGAGUUCCCCGCUGCUCUGGAGGAAGGCUGCCCGCUGCCCGUGACCCCGCUGAGCCGCAGAGUCUCUGAGGAAGAGCUGCACGGAGAGAGUCUGGAGCUGGGCCUCAGGAUGCUGAGCACCAGGGGUUCUCCUGCAGGACUCAGUGCCCUCCUGUGCCAGGCGGCUCUGUCCAAGCUGCUGCAGGAUGACCUUUCACCUUUCCACUGCCCACAGGACGCCGAGGCCAACCAGGAAGAGGAACAGGAAGCAGUCUUGCUGCAGUCUGAAGCAGUCGAGCGUCUCUUCCUCAACGAGCUGAUAAAUGUGGCGCUGACAUGGCAUCAAAAGCUCCCAAAGCUCGCCCCCUCUCCCUCCACCUCACCGUACCUCCACUGCUCCGUCCAUGCCAUCAAGAACACCAGGAGGAAGAUGGAGGACAAACACCUGGCCCUCGCUGAGUUCAACCAGCUCUUUGGUAUCCAGGACGGAGUGAGGCGUGCGUACUACGCUGUGUUUGAUGGCCACGGAGGGCUGGACGCCGCCGUCUUCUCUGCCACACACCUUCAUGUUUCUCUGAGCAAGCAGGAGACCCUGCAGAGCGACGCGGCGGAAGCCUUUAAAGGAGCCUUCACGCACAUAGACCACAUGUUCAGAGGCAGAGCCAAGAGAGAGCGUCUGCGGAGUGGCUCUACAGGUGUGGCGGUGCUGAUCCAGGGUCAGGAGCUGACGGUGGCCUGGCUAGGAGACUCUCAAGUGAUCCUUGUCAGAGAGGGACAGACUGUAACCCUGAUGGACCCUCAUAAACCGGACAGAGAGGAUGAGAAGCAGAGGAUCGAGGACCUCGGUGGCUGUGUCACCUUCAUGGGCUGCUGGCGCGUUAACGGCACAUACGCCGUGUCCAGAGCUAUAGGAGACUUUGACCAGAAGCCCUACGUCUCCGGGGACGCCGACUGCUCCACAACCCAGCUCCUCGGGGACGAAGACUACCUGCUGCUGGCCUGUGACGGCUUCUUUGAUGCAGUGUCCCCUUCAGAAGUCCCGGACCUGGUCCUGGAUGCUCUGAAGCGGCCUGAUGAGCCCGAGGAGGGCGGAGCAGACCCUCCGCUGGAUCAGUCUGACGACGCUGUUGGACUGAGAGUAGCUCAGAGGUUAGUCAGCCACGCUAAGGCGGCCGGGUCGAGCGAUAACAUCACCGUGAUGCUGGUGUUCCUGCGUCCGCCACUCCAGCUGCUCGCUCGAGACUCCACCGCAGGAAGAGCGGGAACCACGCAGGACUCCACCUCCCAUGAUGCACCACCGCAGUGAAGGGAGAGGUCUGCAGCACUAACACCACUGUGCCAAGCUACUGACGCGUUUCUCACCUGUUCUAAUGUCCCCAGGUGCUGUAAGACAUCCUGCAGACGGCUACAGCUCAAGCUAAACACAAACACAACGCAGCAGACCUGACUCCUUUAGAAGGUCUGCAACAAGGUGUCCUCCACGUCUGCUCUGUGCACCGUCAGUAUUAAAGACACUUCAUCAUCAGCUCUGACUCUUCUCCUCAGAGGCCUAAAGGUGUGUCCUGUUGUCUUUUACAUGUCUCAGGGUUCAUGUCUUUGUCCCUGACAGGCUCAGGUUGUUAUUGGAAGAGUCUGAGAGAGAGGAUCUCUACAGAGAGAGAGAGAGAGAGAGAGAGAGAGAGAGCUUUAUGAGGAAGAGGAAGAUGAUUUUAACCACACAGCUGUUACAUCGCUCCCUUCAGACCCACCAGAACACCUCACUGACUCUUUCGUCUUCAUCACUUACUGACUUUGUGUCGUUAACGAAGGACUGCAACACUCAGAGGUUUUAAAGGUGCAGUGACGUCUCAGUGAUCUUCACAUCUUUGCCGCCAUCGUUCAUGAACAUGACGAACGUCAUGAAUGUUUUUGGUUUGAGGUCUAAAGAAACUGAGAGCAUCUCUCACUCAGAAGAGUUCAUUUGUAAAAACAGAUAACUCACUUUUUAAAAAUGUUCAAAAUGUUUCAAAAAACAUCUUUUUUUUACUAUUACUAGCUUUAGGUAUUAUCAAUCAACUGAAGUCAAAUUACAUUUCUAAUUAGAUGUAUCUUAAAAAAUUCACUUUAUUAAAAAUGUAUAUUAAAAAGAAAUAUGUUUGUUUUUUUAAGUUAUAAUUUUGGGCUAUUUCGCCUUUAUUGACAGGACAGCUGAAGAGAGACAGGAAGUGUAGGGAGUAGAGAGAGGGGGAAGACAUGAAGGGAAUAGUGUACCGGCCUCGAUAUGUGGGGCGCUUAGACCCCUAGGCCACCAGCGCCCCAGAAAUGUUUUUUUGUUUUUUUUAAUAAAACCAGAGUUAUCUGUUUUUGCAAAUGAACUCUUCACUGAACAAGUCACUGAUGUUACCUCAGGGUUUGACUCCAGGUCAUUUACCCACAAUGCUGAGUGUAGACCCUGCACAGACUGGAGGACGCAGCGGUAAAGAGUUCCUGUCCACAGACUUCCUGCUGCGCUGCGUUUGUUUCCUCUGAAAGCCCGACUCACUCCGCUGCUCCUCUGACUCUGAUUCAGACUCCAGCUCAUGGUUUCAGAACUGUCCUCCAACGUGACAUCACUCACUCAUCAUGUGUUACCUGUACCUGGGCGCGUGUGCUGGGUCCUGAUCCUGCAGAUGCUGCAUCAGGUUUGAUGUGUUUGAUGUUUAGCAGAGAGCUGAUCUGAUGUCUUCCUUGGUGACACUGACACACUGACCACUCUGUGUCUCCUGAUGACUGCGGCACAUUGCAUUGGUGCACCACAGGUGUGUCUUUGUUUGGUUCUGUGCAGGUUGAAUCAAAUGUAACGUUCCCCUCUUUGAGAGUGAGGACAGAAACACUCUGCAUAGUGAGGCAGGUGACGGUUUAAGGCGAGGUUAAUAGUGAAACCAGUCAGUGGCUGCACCCUGGGUCCAACGUUAUGUUUACUCUGUUAAUACAGUAACAGUAGUGAUGAAGGCAGUGGUAGAACAAUAACUCCCAUGCAAUGUGAGGUAGAUGAAGGGGCUUUGAGGGGAGCGAUCACACAGCUGUGAAUGUUUCAGUCCUUCAGACCCUCACGAGUCAAACUAGAGCUCUGGUUCUCAAACAGCAGACUGAACCUCAGACUGAACUCUCCUCAGACUCAGUCCUUCCUCUCCUCUCCUUCAGUUUCAAAGUGCCUACCAGCCUACACCAUCUGUAAGCAGUCCAUUUCUGAUGCCAAGCAGUAUACCUGUUAAAGUGUUCUCACUGCAGGAAGCCUGAGGAGGGAGUCAGUGAGUCUGAAGCUGUGCUUUAUCCAGGAGGAACACACACACAGAGCGUCAGGGUCUCUGUGUCGUCGUGCCAAAGCUUCCCCUGCCGAGCUGAGGGAGCAUGAAUGUGGAUCACAUGAUUAACAGUAUUACUGAUGUUUUUAUAUUCUUCAUUAACACUUCAUGCCUUUUUUAAUGCUGUCAGUAUUUCAUCUGUAAUGAAGAUGUCAUGUUCUGUAUCACUGUGCUUUUAUAAUAAUGUAUUAACGUUAUGUUUCUCACUUUAAGAUGUUUCUGAAUAAAACAAACUGACUUCCUGCAGCGA